CCACGGGGCCAUGCCGGUCAUGAAGGGGUUGCUGGCCCCGCAAAACACCUUCCUGGACACCAUCGCCACCCGUUUUGACGGAACGCACAGCAACUUCCUGCUAGCCAACGCACAGGGCCCACGGGGCUUUCCCAUCGUCUACUGCUCAGACGGCUUCUGCGAGCUCACAGGCUACGGUCGCACCGAAGUCAUGCAGAAGACCUGCAGCUGCCGUUUCCUCUAUGGCCCAGAGACCAGUGAGCCAGCCCUGCAGCGUCUGCACAAAGCCCUGGAGGGCCACCAGGAGCACCGCGCUGAAAUCUGUUUCUACCGCAAGGAUGGCUCGGCCUUUUGGUGCCUCCUGGACAUGAUGCCCAUCAAGAAUGAGAUGGGGGAGGUCGUGCUGUUCCUCUUUUCCUUCAAGGAUAUCACUCAGAGUGGAAGCCCAGGACUUGGCCCCCAAGGAGGCCGCAGGGACAGUAAUCAUGAAAACUCCCUUGGUAGAAGGGGAGCCACCUGGAAAUUUCGGUCUGCCAGAAGACGGAGCCGUACUGUCCUACACCGACUGACCAGCCACUUUGGCCGCCGGGGCCAGGGAGGCAUGAAGGCCAAUAAUAACGUGUUUGAGCCAAAGCCAUCAGUGCCCGAGUACAAGGUGGCCUCCGUGGGGGGGUCUCGCUGCCUCCUCCUCCACUACAGCGUCCCCAAGGCCAUCUGGGACGGCCUUAUCCUCCUUGCUACCUUCUACGUUGCGGUCACCGUCCCCUACAACGUCUGUUUCUCGGGUGACGAUGACACCCCCAUCACUUCGCGACACACCCUUGUCAGCGACAUCGCCGUGGAGAUGCUCUUCAUCCUGGAUAUCAUCCUGAACUUCCGCACCACCUAUGUGUCCCAGUCCGGCCAGGUAAUCUCUGCUCCUCGUUCCAUUGGCCUCCACUACCUGGCCACCUGGUUCUUCGUCGACCUUAUUGCUGCUCUGCCCUUUGACCUGCUUUACGUCUUCAACAUCACCGUGACCUCGCUGGUGCACCUGCUGAAGACAGUGCGGCUGCUGCGGCUGCUGCGGCUGCUGCAGAAGCUGGAGCGGUACUCUCAGUGCAGUGCUGUGGUGCUCACGCUGCUCAUGUCGGUCUUUGCGCUCCUUGCCCACUGGAUGGCCUGCAUCUGGUAUGUCAUCGGGCGCCGGGAGAUGGAGGCCAAUGACCCGCUGCUCUGGGACAUUGGCUGGUUGCACGAGCUGGGCAAGCGUCUGGAGGUGCCCUACGUCAAUGGCUCAGUGGGCGGCCCAUCGCGGCGCAGCGCCUACAUUGCGGCACUGUACUUCACUCUAAGCAGCCUUACCAGCGUAGGCUUUGGCAACGUGUGUGCCAACACCGACGCCGAGAAGAUCUUCUCCAUCUGCACGAUGCUCAUAGGCGCCCUGAUGCACGCUGUGGUGUUCGGGAACGUGACAGCCAUCAUCCAGCGCAUGUACUCGCGCCGCUCGCUCUACCACAGCCGCAUGAAGGACCUCAAAGACUUCAUCAGUGUGCACCGCCUGCCGCGGCCGCUCAAGCAGCGCAUGCUCGAAUACUUCCAGACCACGUGGGCCGUCAACAGCGGCAUCGACGCCAACGAGUUACUGCGUGACUUCCCAGACGAGCUGAGAGCUGACAUUGCUAUGCACCUGAAUCGGGAGAUCUUGCAGCUGCCGCUGUUCGGGGCAGCCAGCAGGGGCUGCCUGCGGGCCCUAUCACUGCACAUCAAGACCUCCUUCUGCGCUCCGGGCGAGUACCUGUUGCGCCGUGGGGAUGCCCUGCAGGCACACUACUAUGUCUGCUCCGGCUCACUUGAGGUGCUCCGAGACAACAUGGUGCUGGCCAUCCUGGGGAAGGGGGACCUCAUUGGAGCAGAUAUCCCUGAGCCGGGGCAGGAGGCUGGGUUGGGAGCAGACCCAAGCUUCGUGCUGAAGACCAGUGCUGAUGUGAAAGCUCUGACCUACUGUGGCCUGCAGCAGCUGAGCAGCCAAGGGCUGGCUGAGGUCCUGAGGCUCUAUCCUGAGUAUGGGGCGGCCUUCCGGGCUGGCCUGCCCCGGGACCUCACCUUCAACCUGCGCCAGGGCUCUGACACCAGUGGCCUCAGCCGCUUUUCCCGAUCCCCUCGCCUCUCCCAGCCCCGCUCAGAAAGCCUCGGCUCCUCCUCAGACAAGACGCUGCCAUCCAUCACAGAGGCCGAGAGUGGCGCGGAGCCUGGGGCUGGUCCCAGGCCCCGACGGCCCCUCCUGCUGCCCAACCUCAGUCCAGCACGGCCUCGGGGCUCCCUGGUCAGCCUUUUGGGCGAGGAGCUGCCCCCAUUCUCAGCCCUUGUCUCCUCUCCUUCCUUAUCCCCGUCCCUGUCCCCUGCCCUGGCUGGCCAGGGCCACAGCGCCUCCCCUCACAGCCCCCCCAGGUGCUCUGCUGCCUGGAAGCCCCCUCAGCUUCUCAUUCCCCCACUGGGAACCUUUGGACCUCCGGACCUCAGUCCCCGGAUAGUGGAUGGCAUUGAGGACUCUGGCAGCACAGCUGAGGCCCCUUCAUUCCGGUUCAGCAGGAGGCCUGAGCCGCCAAGGCCCCGCUCCCAGGUGCCCCCUACAGGGACCAGGCCCAGCCCAGAAUUGGCCAGUGAGGCUGAGGAGGUGAAGGAAAAGGUUUGCCGGCUGAACCAGGAGAUCUCUCGUCUCAAUCAGGAGGUGUCUCAGCUUAGCCGGGAGCUGCGGCACAUCAUGGCCCUGCUGCAGGCCAGGCUGGGUCCGCCAGGCCACCCAGCAGGCUCCGCUUGGACCCCAGACCCUCCUUGUCCACAGCUGAGGCCACCAUGCCUCUCUCCUUGUGCGUCCAGACCAUCACCCAGCCUCCAGGAUACUACGCUUGCUGAAGUUCACUGCCCAGCCAGUGUGGGGACCAUGGAGACAGGGACUGCGCCCCUGGACUUGAGACCUUCCAUAUUGCCCCCCUACCCCUCAGAGCCUGACCCUCUGGGACCCUCUCCAGUGCCAGAGGCUUCACCCCCAACCCCAAGCCUCAUGAGGCACAGUUUCCAGUCCAGGUCAGACACGUUCCACUGA